GAUUGUAAAUAAUGAGUUUGAUUUUUACAUAAUUACAUUACAAUAACAUAAGUCAAUUACUUGGUGCAUGGAGGUAUUAUUAACAAGCAAAUUUAAACAAAAUUUAAAAAUGCUGGAGUAUUCUAACCUAAGAAAUGACACCUAGAAGGGAACCGAAAAAAUGCCGCGAAUGGGAAAAAAUAAGACGUGAUAAAUUAAACAACGCCUUUUCCGUUCUCAGUAAGCUGCUUCCUAAUCAUGAUCCUGCGUUGACAUGGAGCAAAGUCGACAUACUACACAGAGCAACUGAGUAUAUUGAAGAGCUGCAAGUAAAACUUAAAAAUGUACUAACGACAGAAGGAGUAAAUAAGACUAAACGUUGCGAAGUUAAAAUGCUGUAUGGUCGUGUAAAAAAGCUUCUACUACGCAAUGAGCAGCUAUGUAAACUACUUAAAGAUGCAAGCAUUACAAUACCUUCAGGGUAUGGUGUUAAGAACUUUAAGGAUCCACGGCGAUGGGCAAACAGAAUUACGCAAGAAGAGGCCAAGGAGUUUCAAAAGGAAGAAUUACAAAAGGAGAAUAAAGAAAGAACGGUAAAGAAGAAAAAAAAGACUACAACCGUCGCAAACAAACAUCAAAGAAAAGUUAAUCGAAAAGCGAAGUUAGCACCAAAAAAACCUCCUGUCAUUAGGUUACAGUUGUCGAAUAUUAUUCCGUUAGCUAACCCCCAACCGCUUCCAAAGGUAUCCAAUCGGCCUUGCUUUAUUAUUACAAAUAAGCCAACGCUUAACUUACCUUUGGGCUUGCAGCAGAAUGGAAAGGCCAAAGCUUCUACAGUUGUAACGAAUUCCAACUCACUUACAACUCCAAAGGUGGCUUCAGUAAUAAAACCACCACUAAGUACAACAACUUUACCGAAGGUCUCAUCACAAACACUCAAUAAGUUAGGCCCAGGAACUUUAAUUUUGGCAAAUGGUAACAUUGUACCUAUUCUACCACCAUCAGCUGUCCUACCAUCCCCUACAAUAUUAACAAAUCCAACCCCCAUUAUACUUAAACCGCCUCCCGCCAACACUACUCUUAUCGUAAUGCCACCAGCUACUUCUGCCACUAGCGCAACAAAAUCAGUGGCGAUAAAUAAUAAUGUAACAAUACAUCCUAGAAUUCGACCUAAACCUAUCACCUGUACAACUCAAUCAAAUAAGGUUCCUAUACCGGCCAUACCUAGGUUUAAAGAGACUAUUACCGAGAAAGUAAUUACAAAGAAAAAAGAAGUUGAAAAUAAAACCAAUAAGAAAACUAAACGGAAAGUUGCAAACAAUCAAUUUCCAAACAAAAAGUCGAAACCUGCGCCAGUAAACAAACCGCAGGCAGAUGAAAAUAAGGAAAAUAAAGUUGAAAACCCAGCGGUGAGUGCUAAUGAAAGUGAAAUUGUUGAAAAAGAACCUCCUGUAAAUAAAGAAAACGCGCCAGAGGAAGUUCCAGGUGUAAAUGAGGAAAAAAUGGAUACAGUUGAACAAAGUGAAAUCGUCGCUCCUGUAAUUGAAGACAAAACAACUGAAGAAGUUCAAGACUCCAUUCCCAAAGAGAAGGAUCCGCCUGUAGAGGCACCAGCGAAAUCACAAGAACAAGAUAAAAUAAAUACUCCCCCUCCAACAACCACUAGCGAGCUGGCUGUUAAUUUGAAUCAUUCCGAGCUAUCCAAUGACAUAUUUUCUACAUUACAAGUACCCAUAGGUGGUCAAAACCCGGAGUCAACUUCACCGACCGCCGCGUUUCUUUUGGCAUUUCCUCUAGUGUCUUCUUUAACGGGAGUAAAGGUCACCGAAGUAAUUGAGGAGGAAAAUUCAGAUAGUAGACAUGGCACUCCGACGUUGUUGCAGAUUGGUACCAUGGAAACUACAAAGACCACUCAAAGUGUAAAUGCGGAGAGUUUAACGCCUAACCUUCUCAACUUGGAUAACUUUUCGUUUUUCUCCGCCAAUAAUUUUUAUCCUUCCUUUGAUAAUGGAUCCGUUGUCGAUAGUGCCAAAAUCUCGUCAGCUUGCGCGAAAGUUACCGACGUUUCGAGUACAGCUAAGGUUGCGAGUACUACGUCUACAAGUCUACCUGUAUAUUCCACUGAGCCGGCGAUUGUUUCGAAACCGACUAUGUCGGUAGUCUCAAAUUCGUUCACACAACAAACUCCUGCGGUCUCAUAUUCAAAACCGUCUCUCCCGCCGCCGUUAGUCACUAGCAGCUACUUGCAGAAUAGUGUACCAACAAAUAAUUGCACGAGUACACAACGUAAGCCUGCCGAUAUGCAGUAUAAUCCGGUUAGUAUAGCACAGUGCAAUGCUUUCAACCCGUUUUCCGAUUUUUCGAAACCGAACUCGUACCCAAGUUUCUCAAAAUCAUACUCAGAUCCAUUGUAUACGAAUAGUAAUUACGGUUACGGUCAUCACAACGAGACCAAUUUUAAUCAAAAUGUAUACUACCCUCCCAAAUCGUCUAAGCCCAAUAAUGCUUAUAAUGCCACAAAUUAUUCGGAGAUAAGCUAUAAUAGCAGUGACAGCAGGAAGCGCCACAUGCCUUACUAUCAUCAAAAUAAGACGCAGCCCAAGCCGAAUACAAAAUCGACCAAAACUAAUCCGAAACCACCCAUCAAUUGGAUGACAACACCCGAUUUUCGAUCACAACCACCUAGCGGUGAUUACUUAGUGCCUCCCAUUGAUUAUAAUCCGAACACUUUCUAUACGUCUAGCUCGACGCACACAACUUAUUUUAAUACGACCUCGUCCAUGUAUCCGAGCACCGAGUUUCAAAAUUCCAUUGGAGACAAUCGCAAAGCUUUUGACAGUAGUCUUCCAAUUCUACCGACAAAUUCGUCACAGCGCAACGAGUUUGAGGAAAACCAAUUUCCAUGGUCGCCAACUAAAUUACCUCAAUUCUUGGAGACGCCCCAUACGUUUGUUUCAUCCACGCUACCUACAUUGGUCGGCGAUCUCGCCUUGGGUACUGCGCAGACGCAGUUCAACGAGCAGAAGGGUGAGCAACCUAAGACGAAGGAGAGCACUAGAAGGUCGAAAGUUAAUUCGGUCACCUAUGAUAACCAAAGUAACUUUUUGUCUGUUAGUCAACUAGUCGAGAAUAAGACUGAAGCUAGCUCGUCUCGAACCACUACCCGCCGUAAUAGCGGCAAUAGAAAUGUAAAGAGUAAUUCGCAGAAAAAAACGGCAAAGCCCGUCGAAAACAAGGAACUAUUAGAUGUAGGUUCUCUCAGUAUGGAUAAGAAGCAAAAUGUUAAUUAUGGAAUGUCAAAUAUCGAACACUCCUGGAUGAAUGAUUGUACAAAACCAAACCGUCACCCUCAUAAGAACCCUCAAAGUAGUUAUUCCGCCGAGGCAUUAAUUGGUCAUCAAGAUCACACCGAUACGUCACUACCCAAGCAAAGGUACCGACAACAAGCACCCUAUCCAACGACAAAUAAAGCACUGCCUAUUCCAACAUUUUUAUCUGAUAAUAUCGUACCAUACUUCCCACCAGUUGAAAUACCGCAAGAUAACAACUUUAUGCAAUCCAAUACGAACUAUCAAAGCUUCAACACAUCAGUGCAAAAUAACUCGUACGUCUCAAGCGGCCCAACAAUAACAUCCAGUUACUUACAGCCGUCAAGCUUGAUGCCCGAAUUCCAAAACUUUCCCUCGAUGAUUUCCGAUGAAAAAAUCGAUAGCAAGCAUUGUAACAGAAAUGAUCCAGUUAAACAGGCAUCGGUCGCAAAUCGCGCGGAAAUCGGUCAGGUUAACGCGGAUUGUGCAAGUACCACGAAUAAUUUCAUAAAAAAAUCGAAAAGCAAACAGCCGAAUGAAUCAAAUUUGCCCGGUAUUGUCGAUUUCGGAUUUCUCUCGAUGCCAAAUACCAUAAAUUCUCCCAUUUUGCCUGACGAUUUUCACACGCAUUCCAACUUCCUUCCGCCGCCAACACCCAGCCAACUUUAUCCAUGCAAAAAUCCCUUGUAUGGGAAGCAGUCGUCCGAGUUACUGCCGUUACCACCCGUUCCCGUGACUAGGAGUAGUACGCAGAAUUUCGACGUCCCGGCUGGUGUCACCGCUAAUGCUGGUUCGUCGCUAACGAGUUUCAAUCUUAGCGCAAUAUUUCCGGAGAUCAAUAAGGGGAGUAUGCCAUUGCCCGGUCUUUAUCCAGAUCCUGCGAAGAAUAAGAAUUACAACUUUCAGAGGAAUUACAUUGGCAGUUCUGUACAGGUGUUUAAGUCGACAUCAUCGACAAGUUAUGUCAACUCUCUGUCUACUUCGUAUGCUCCGUCUAAUUAAAUUAGUGGUUGUGUAUUGAGAGCUAAAACGUUUACUUCCGUAUCAGUACUUUGUAAAUAUUUAUUGUUUUUUAAAGUGUACCUGAUUAUUUUUAAGAAAGCGUUUAAGUUUAA